AUGUCCACCUGUCCAGUGUGUGGCGAGGUGCAAAACGCUGAUCAAGGAGCCUUUGAGCAUCAUGUCAAUUCACAUUUCGAUGCUGGACCAUCGACACCUCGGUUUUCAAUCUCACAGGAAAAGAUUGUGAAUCAAGUGGUCGAGACUGACGGUCAAGAUACUUGUCCGAUUUGCGACUUUCCAUUAUCAUUCAUCUCUCCUUCAGAAGCGCAGACUCACGUGAAUAAAUGCCUCGAUGGUCCUCCUCCACCACCCAGAAAAACAUCAACUAUGGAAGUCCAUUUUGAUGAUAUGGAUAAUCACAGUCUAGAUACUACUUCCAGGGACAUGGAUUUUGACCAUGACGUUAUGGAUGACUCAACUCUAGAACAACUCAACGGAAAUCAAGAUGACAAAGUGGAUUCAGAUUGGGACGGCCCUGCUAGACCUGGAGCAUGGAUGGAUUGGACAGGUAAAAAAGUACAUAGAGGUGAUCAGUGGUGGGAUCCCGUUAAUGGUUCAACAACGACUAUACCGAGCAAUUUCUCGCCAGGUAUCAUAACAAUACUCGCCGAAAUAAUACGCAAGUGUACGCAUCAAGGAAUCACUAAACAUGCUGUGUUAUGUAGAGAUACAGUUCACAUCAAAGGAACAUGGAAAUUCGAUAUGGGCUGGGGAUGUGGGUAUCGGAACGCUUUGAUGUCAAUCACAUCUCUUCUGACUGUGCCUGCUUAUCGACGCCUUUUCGAUCGACAUAGCAACGGUGCUGAACCGGGAGUCAGAAGAGUACAAGGCUGGAUAGAAGAAGCAUGGCAAGAAGGUUUCGAUCCUGCAGGUAAGAAGCAAUUGAAAGGAAAAAUACUAGGGACGAGGAAAUGGAUCGGUGUGGCCGAUCUCUACGCAAUGUUCAACUAUAAAGGUAUUCCCUGCGAACUAUUCGAUUUCCCAAAGGCGAGAGAUACAAAAGGCUCGAAGACCGUUCAUAUCGCAUUGCAAGAUUGGGUGAAAGCGUAUUUUUCGAGUCAAGAUGAUCGCUCAGCGAUUAACGAUCCCAAGUCAGCCUUUGACAUACUAAUGCGGACAGCGGAAGAUGGAGCGGGUAGAGGAGAAACUGUCAGGAUAUCGAAUAAGUUCCCACUGAUAUUGCAGCAUUCAGGUCACUCAAGGACCAUAAUUGGAUAUGAGGAGAACUCAAGGGGCGACAUCAAUCUAUUACUCUUCGAUCCUGGAAGGUCGAUGCCAAAAGAUGUCCGCGCGCUGGCAUUAUCUUCUCACUCUCGUGCUCAUGGACCAUCAAUCUCCCAAGACCAAGUUGAAGAGAAGACCUUAUCUUCUCUACCGUCAAUUAUGAAGAAGAAAUCGUCUCGCAACUUAUCCGAUACUCACGAGGCUAUUCCAUUCACUCCACCAUAUACCAAUGGGUAUUCCGAAAUAACUUAUUCCCCUGGAAUAGAUGAAGAUCUUUCUCAAAGUUCCCCUCGAGUAGAAGUGGAACAUGAUCCUGAACAUACUAGAGGAGGUGUCAUUCCUUUUCCUUUAGAAGAUGAUGAAGAGAUAUCUUCAACUGGAUGGGUCACCAAAAAGAAGAGCAAAUCCAUCAAUUCUAAUUCCACUUCAAAUCCUACAUUGAUAUCCGUUGAUCAAUUGGAUCUACUCAAAACUGUAAAUUAUUUCAGAUUGAACUUAUCAAGUCUUUCGAAAUAUAACCAAUACCAAAUUCUUGCGUUUACAGGAAAACAAGUAUUGAGUAGAGAAGAAAGGGAACAAAGGAAAUCUAUGAGAAGCACAAAAGUGAUCCUAUGA